AUGGUGCCCCUGCUGCUCCUGCUGUCCCUGCUGUUGGGGGAAUCCCUGCAGGAGAAGCCAGGGUACAGGCUCCGAGUGCAGGAAUCCCUGGCCGUGCAGGCGGGCCUGGGCGUCCGCGUGCCCUGCUCCUUCUCCUACCCCUGGAGCUCCUGGUAUUCCUCUAUGGAACCCUUCAUCUAUUGGUUCCGGGAAGGGGACGGCCCACACAGUGAUCCUGUGGCCACCAACAACCCGAAGAGGCCAGUGAAAACGGAGACCCAGGGCCGAUUCCGCCUCCUCGGGGACCCCAGCGACAAGGACUGCUCCCUGAGCAUCAGAGAUGCCAGGAUGAGCGACUCAGGAGUCUACUAUUUCCGGGUGGAGAGAGACGAUGUGAAAUACAGUUACCAAGAUAAGAAGCUGCAUUUGCAGGUGACAGCCCCACCAGGGAAACCCUACAUCCAGUUUCCGGAACCUCUGGAGGCUGGUCGCCCCACAAAGCUGACAUGCACCCUGUCACUAGCAUCUGGUGGGGCACUCCCUCUCCUGUUCUCCUGGGUUGGGGAGGCAGUUGAAAGCAUGGACCCAGACACCCUCCACUCCUCGGAGCUCACCCUCACCCCGAGGCCCCAGGACCACGGCACCAACCUCACCUGUUGGGUGACACUCCAAGGAUCUCAGGUGACCCUGGAGACAACCGUCCGGCUCAACGUCUCCUAUGCUCCACGGUUGGUGACCACGAGAAUAUCUCAGGAAAGCUUCACAGAUCUGAAUGGCACGUCACUGCCCAUCCUGGAGGGCCAGUUCCUGCGCCUGGUCUGUGUGGCCGACAGCAACCCCCCAGCCACGCUGAGCUGGCUCUGGGAGGGAAAACCCCUGAGUCCCUCCCAGCGCUCAGCCCCCGGGGUCCUGGAGAUACCCCGUGUCGGGGUCGGAGACGGAGGAGAAGUCACCUGCCGAGCUCAGCACCCACUGGGCUCCCAGCAAGUUUCCUUCAGCCUCUCUGUGCAGAAAGGCCCCCCUCCCUGCAGCUGUGAGACUGAGGAGCAGCAGGGCUCCUGGCCCCUGGUUCUCACCCUGAUCAGGGGGGCCCUCAUGGGGGCUGGCUUCCUCCUCACCUAUGGCCUCACCUGGACCUACUACACCAGGUGUGGCGGCCAGUAG